CACCCCAGCCAGCCUCCUCGUCUCCGCAGAUCAGCAGCCCCCAAAUCGGCGACCCCUCGCUCUCUCUCCGAUCUCCAAUCCUCCACCUCGCACACGCGCACCAACCGGGCACGAUGCGGGCGAUCUCGUCGGCGGCGGGAGGGAUGCUGCGGGCGCGGCUGCGCGCGGCGGUGCGCCUCCGCGGCGGGCACGGCGACGGCGGGGGCCGCUGGACGACGCCCGGCCACGAGGUGCGGCCCAAGGGGUACCCGAUGAACCGCACGCCGCCGCCGCCGGGCGAGUCGCGCAAGUGGGAGGACUGGGAGCUCCCCUGCUACGUCACCUCCUUCCUCACCGUCGUCAUCCUCGGCGUCGGGCUCAACGCCAAGCCCGACCUCACCCUCGAGACCUGGGCGCACCACAAGGCGCUCGAGCGCCUCCAGCAGCAGGAGCUCGCCGCCGCCUCCGCCUCGGCCGACGCCCUGUCCGAGUGAUCCGCGCGCGCGCGCCCCAGGUCUUCCUCCAAGCCUAGGUCGCUUCUGUUCUGUUUUGCUUCCAAUAAGGGUUGGUUGUGAACUUGUGAUGUACCAAUCUGAUAUUGAUGGGACCUGGGCGGAACACUAUAUUUCUGUUUCUGUUUUGUUGUUGAAAUUUAUCUGAUGAUGAUGGCAGAUACCGUAUGCAUUUCGAAAUGCCCUGUGGUGUCCCAAACAUUUUGAAAUGCCUCUGCAUUGUAUUGUCUUGUGUAUCCCUUAUUUAUUUCCUUGGGCAUGAUUUGCUACAUGCUUUUGCGAGCGUAAUUAGGACCGAUUGUACC